GGCCGUGGAGCUGGAACAUCGAUCGAAGAACGCAACAGCGAGGAAGAAGAAGGCGCUCUUGGGAAUUCCAAAGGGAAUAUCUUGUGUGUGGCUCUUUUGAGAUUCGCAUUCGCGGCAAUGGGGAGGCUGGCCCUCUGCGUGUUGAUCGCCACCAUGGUGAUCGUCUCCCAGGCUGCCCCUGGAAACUUCAACGAUCUCUUCACCUCCAACAACGAUCACGUCAAAGUGGAUGGCUCUGGCCAAGUUCGUCUCGUCUUGGAUCAUCAAUCAGCUGCUGGCUUCGCGUCCAAGAACAAGUAUCUCUUCGGCAGAGUGAGCAUGCAAAUCAAGCUUGUUCCCGGUGAUUCUGCUGGAACUGUGGCAGCCUACUACAUGUCCUCGGACGAUUACAGGACCCGCGACGAGAUCGAUCUCGAGUUUCUGGGCAACACGUCGGGCAAUCCAUACAUCCUCCAGACCAACGUCUACGCCAAUGGCGUCGGCAACCGCGAGCAGCGAGUCUACCUCUGGUUUGAUCCCACUGCCGACUUCCACUCGUACUCGAUCCUCUGGAACCAGAAGCAGAUCGUAUUCUUCGUGGAUUCCACCCCCAUUCGCGUGUUUAAGAACAACCAGGACAUGGGCCUGCCUUUCCCCACGAAGCAGUCAAUGGGAGUCUACUCGAGCCUGUGGAACGCCGACGACUGGGCGACCAGGGGUGGACUCGUCAAGACCGACUGGAGCCACGCCCCCUUCAUCGCCUCCUACAAGAACUUUGAUCUUGACGCGUGUCAGGCAUCGUCGGGAUCGUGCGGCCCAAACAGCGGCAAAUGGUGGGACUCGUCCGCCUGGCAAGCUCUCAGCCCCAGCGACGCAGGCAAGCUCAAAUGGGUCAAGAAGAACUACAUGAUCUACGACUACUGCACCGAUUCGGCCAGAUUCCCCUCCAGACCUGCCGAGUGCGCGCGUGACUGAUCCAUCCAUCCAUCCAUCCAUCCAUCCGAUCGAUUUGUGAAGAAAUGCGCCCCCAAAAUCAAUCCUCUUCCCAUUCCAUCCAUCCACCCAUCCAUCCGUAUACAUAGUUCGCAUCGCUUCGAUCGAUUCCCCUCCGCGCGCGCUCGCGCUCGCAGGAUUUCUCCCUUGCUCGCUAUGUUUCUGGAUCGCGGAAAGCCGCUGUGUGUGGUGAUUGUAAAAGAAUAAACGGAGAAAACCAUCUUGUUUCA